GUAUAUAGGCUGAUUGGCUGUUUGUUAUAGAUGUUCACCUCAUGAACAAAGUAUUGCUGGAUUCCUCUUCAGUUGGGACAGUCACAGUGAGGGAAAAUGUCACUGCCGAAGAUCUUGAGUUGUCAUCUCAUACUGAUGCUGUCUGCAUUCACUGGAGCAGCAAAUGGAUACUACCAUUCUAAUUGGUUUAGAUGCAUCCACAGCUCCCGUGAUCUCAGUGACAUGGUGUUCGUUUUGAACUAUGUCUUCAAUAAGGAUGUGUACAUACAGUUCAACAGCACUGUAGGGGAGUUUGUGGGGUACACUGCACAUGGAGUAUAUAAUGCAGAAACAUGGAACAAAGAUCCCAACCUUCUGCAGCAAUGGAGAGCUCAGAAGGACGUAUACUGCACACAUAAUGCUGAAAUCAGACAGUCAGCUAUCGCUGAUAAAAAAGUGCCACCAGAGGUUAAGCUCAGUUCAGUGACUCAGGCCAGUGGCAGACAUCCAGCUAUGUUGAUGUGCAGCGCUUACAACUUCUACCCACACCAGAUCCAAGUUUCCUGGAUGAGAAAUGGUAAAGUUGUGAAGUCUGAUGUGACAUCAACUGAGGAGAUGCCUAAUGGAGACUGGUACUACCAGAUUCACUCCCACCUAGAAUACACUCCCAAAUCUGGAGAGAAGAUCUCCUGUGCUGUGGAUCACGCUGGCUUAACUAAACCCAUCAUCGUAGACUGGGAUCCCUCUCUUCCUGAGGCUGAGAGGAAUAAAAUUGCUAUUGGAGCCUCUGGUCUGGUACUGGGAAUCAUCAUAGCAGCUGCUGGACUCAUUUAUUACAAGAAGAAAUCAACAGGGAGGAUCCUGGUCCCAUCUUAAUCAUGGUCAGACUGACUGGAAGAGGAUUCAACUUGACUCAUGGAUGGAGAAAUCACUUUCUGAACUUUACACUGAUGUCUCAUUUUUAACAACAAAUACAAUUUUGGAAAAUGAAAACAAUAACAACAAAUCUAAUAAAUUUGAUAUUUGCAAUUUUUAUUGAAUGUUGAUGAUAAUAUAAUGAUGUAUAAAAUAUAGAGAUUAUAGAGAGAAGUACAGAUUAUUAUUCUUGCUGGCUUUUUCCCCAGUACUUUUACUGGAUUAACAUGCAUAUAGGUUCAUAACAUUAUAAAACACAUUCUUGUAAGUCUUUGUUACUAAUAAAUAUCAGUCAGGCUCUGGGUCUGAGAAAGGGUACUCUGAAGUCUUUUCUGAUUACUAUUUUACUCUUAAUUACCAUAAAACAUAAAGUUGCGCAGUCUUAUAUGUAAUAUAUUUGAUAGAUUUUUUUUGCAUAAAUUACACCAUUCUUUCAUUAGACUUAUUCAUUCUGACAAGGAUUCUACUGUAUGAUUUGAUGACUGCAAAAUGUCCAUGUUUUCCUUUUCAGUUAGAAACAUUUCUUGAUUCUAUGUUGUAUGUUAAAUUCAGCUCUAAAUAAAUGUCUUUUACAAAA